AUGAACCCGCCUCCUGGAUUAGGUGAUGAUGAUGAUAAUCAAAUUGGCCCACCUCCUGGCAUUGACAUACCACAGAAGAAGAAGUUUCAUGUGAAUAAAAAAUAGAGUCAAUAGUUUUAAUAGACUUCAUUGGAAUCAUUGAAUUUGGAAUUAAAGGUCACAGUUUAAGAUUAACAAUUCGAUUAAAUUCCAAUUAGCGAAGAUUAUUUGGAACCUUCAAUGAACAACCUCAUUGCAUUUAAUGGCUAUUUGUGCGAUACAUCUGGAGCAGACUCAUUGGCAAUUUGGGACAAGGAGAUGAAAUUGAAAAAAGAAUACAAAGGAUUAAUAGAGAAUAUGCCUUAUUAAAUGGUGGCAGUUCACGAUAAGAUCUAUUUAAUUUUCGGAGACAUUUUAAUGAUGAUUGAGCCAGAAACCAAUAAGAAAACAUUUCUGAUUGAAUAAGCACUUACAGCAUUUUGUGUAUCAGAUCAUCCUAAUCCAAGAAUCAUAGGUGUCUAAGAUGGGGAACUCAUGUUAUGGAGAACAUCCAAUUUGGGAAAACCCAAUCAAAUGGAACCCAAGUAUAACAAUUUUGAACCAAAAACUAAAAAUGUGAUUGAAUUAUAAAAAGUGUUGUCAGGGAAACUUGAUGAUUGUGAUGAUUUACUUAUGCUUUAAAAUGGAUUGGUAUUUGGUAAGUAGAAAAAGGUAGGCGAAGUCUUCAUAAUUGAUUUUGUGAAUGAUUAAUUGGAGGAACUCUAAACUACUUAUGGUUGUGCAGUGACAUGUUGGACACCCAUAACUUAUGAUUCAGUUGCAUUUGCUUCAAAUGGCCAGAUUGUUAUUACUAAAUUCUAAACUAAUAAAUAGGCUGUAGUUUAAAUCAUAUUGAAUUCAUCAAAAGAUGACAUUCAUCAUGAUUUAUGCUACACCAACAACCAAUUAUUUUCAAUCAGUAAGAAUGCAGUAGUUACUAGUUGGAAUAUCUAGUCGGGAGCAAAAACGAAGACAUUUGAAGUCAAGUUUUGUCCAGGUGUAUAUUCUCUAAUCGCAAUGAAUUAAGAAAUCAUAAUUGCUGAACACAAAGUUAAAAAGGAUUUUAUUUUGUUAAAUGCUAAUUUAGAAAAGCAAUUCUUUUACAAAGCUAGAGUAAAGUAAGUCUUACAUUGCUGUUCAAGUCCCAAUCAGCAAUUUCUGGCUGUUGUACAAAAGUGUGGGUUGCUUUAUGAUGAAGAAGUGAUCUUCCACAUAGAAAUAGAAAUUUAUCCCUUCGACAACAAACUAGAAUUCUAGAGAAGAAAGGAAAUUGACAAUCUUGAGAUCAAGACUGUCAUGUUCCUCAAUGAUUCCACAAUAUAAUGUAUUCUCAAGAUCUCCAAGAGUGUUUAUCCUCUCCUCGUUAAAUGGAACUUCAUAACCAAUGAAUAUAGCGAAUCAGAGAUGCUUGUUGAGAAAUAUAAGAGUUGUCAAUUAUAUCAGAAUCGUUCUGUAUUUAGUUAUGAUUUUCAUAAUCCUCCUUCCCAAUAGUUCAAUCUCUUCGCACCUAAAAGGGUAGAUGAUCAGAAUCAAAGCACUGGCAUAAGCGUCUACGAUGAAAACAUUAAGCGGUUAUUGAAGGUGCAAUUUUAAUAGUAAUUCAAUGCUGACGUAUUUGGAAUGCCUACUCCAGAUCUUUUAUAUGUUCUAAAUAACAAAAAUCAAAUUGAAGUUUGGGAUGUAGUGACAUCUUAGUAGGUUCAGAAAGCUGAUUGCAGACCGAGCAUCAUCAAGUAGAUAAGAUUCUCUUCACAGUAUUUAUUUUUAAAUGGGCCAUCGGAAUGGAUAGUAAGGGAUCUGAAAUUGGCUUAAAUUUGCAAAACGAAGGGAGAAAUGAUCAACAAGUGUCAAUUUUUAGAUAAGAAAUGUGUGAUUAACUAGAAAUAAAACUUAUAUGAGUGGGAUUUAGUGAGUAAUCAAUGCAAAUAAAUUCCACUUUUUAAAGUUUAUGACUUUUGCAUUAUUUAAGACAAGAUACUAGCGAUUGGUGAGUCAACUAUAAAGUUAAUUUGA